AUGUUACACAUCGCCACCUCUCCCUCCUCCUUCUCCCUCUCCAUCCUCACCCUUUUCUCUUUCUCAUCGAUUCUCCUUCUCCAGGCCUCCACGGCCACCGCAAAAACCAACGACUGGUCCGUACCUUGCUUCCAAGGCCGCUGCGCAUACGAUCUUGUGCACACGGCGAAUAGUGGGGAUAAUUCGACCUCGAGCAGCGGAGGCGCCAAUGGCAGCCUCCAAAUUUGGGGAUCCACCACCGGCAUAUCCGAUAUCACGUCCUCCGCGGGCUGGAUCAUCCUCUCUUGCAACCCUUCAGCCGCGAGCUCAACCACGUCUAACCAGACGCAGGUCGAUGUGAGGCUCGUGUGCAGUAGUGAGGACACGAGUGCUACCGGAUGUGACCAUUUGUUCGCUAAUGGAGCGGAGGGGACCCUGGUCAGGAUGCCGCCUCAGGAUUCACAAAACUGCACCUCUGCACCUUUCCUCCGUGUCGCCAAAGCUUGGAUACCAGAAGAUCAAACUAUCUCUACCUCUGUCAAGCGCUCGAUCAUUGGCAGAGGCGACAAUUCGACGGUCCAUGCGUUGACGCUCGAUACCAACUUUGCAGUCAUGGAUGCCUCCAAGCACGGAAACGUAUCGUUUUCUAUCCAGGCGGGCAGCGUAUACUCUCCUAAUACUGGCUCUACCGCUGCCAGCUCAACUGUGAGCAGCAGGAGGCGUGGCUACCAUCAUUCGCGUCGGUUCUUCGGCGCUCAUACCACGUCUCUCGAGUCCACGCCGACAUCAAUUGCCGUUUCUAACUCCCUCGCUACACUGAUUUCUGCGGAUGUACCCUGCUCUGCCUCUGUCGCAUCUCCUACUUUUAGCGCAGGCCCUGUGUCUGCUCAGGCAGGUGUAGAAGCGAGCGUGGACGUUAACUUGGAUGCUCAGAUUCAGGUCGGAAUCGUCGCGGCUGGGUCACUUAUCCCGCCGAAGAUCACUGAACUCGGUCUUACGGCUGAUUUCAACGCAAGCAUCGACGGUAAACUCAACCUCGAAGCGAACGUUACAGGGACGAUCGACUCCGGGACCAUCUCCCUCUUCCAAGUCGGCAUUCCAGGACUCUCCUUCCCCGGUAUCCUCACCAUCGGCCCGUCCUUCGCCAUCAACGCAGAAGCAAAAGCGACGCUUGAGAUCGACGUGGAUCUGACACUCGACCUCGCACAUAACAUCACCAAUGGACAUAUGGUGUUCCCUCCUGGUGCGGCCAGUGCGGACCAGACCACGAACAAUGGACAGUUUGUGCCGAGUAAUACGGGGUUGACGUUUGCUGCGAACCCGGAGCUGAAUGGAACGGCGAGUGUGGAGGCGCAUUUGAUUCCUACACUUCAAAUUGGAAUCACAGCAUUCGAGGGCAUUGCGUCCGCCAACAUCUUCCUCGACCUCGAUGCCUCAGCAAAACUUGGGCUCAACGGGUCUACCUCCGCCUCCGUCACCGGUACGGCCAACUCGACGGACGUGUCAACGACGGCACCGCAAGGAUGCGUGGACGUGAGCGCGCAGUUGAGCGUGAACGCGGGUGCGGAUGCGAAGUUUUUCAGCAUCUUUGAUGAGACCGUCCAGGUGCCGUUAUUCGAUAAGACGUUCGACAUUUUCCAGGUGUGUGCCUCAGUUAUAAGCUGUACUCCUCGGAGAUAG